AUGACGGGUGUUGAAGGCGGCCUUGACGACAGCGGCGACAGCCCCAACAUAACAACCAUUCCCGACUCCAGCUUUUUCAAAGAGCAUCAGACAUCUACACUCCCUACACCGGCCGAGGUGAGAGCCGACAACGAGGAGGCAGUCAAGGAAUGGGGUAACUGGUUCAACCGACCCCCGCCUAUCAAGUAUCCAUCGCUGGGCCUGUUUGUCAAAUAUAGAGCCAACACAACCGUUGUCGAGGCCGAGACCCAACAUAUGGUAUACAAGCAAUUGAGAGGCAAAGUACCAGUUCCUGAGGUAUUUGGAUGGACCGAAGACGUCUUUCUAUCCUCUCACCGCAACUUAGCCGGCCCAUUCCACGGCGCAGAUGCCGUGCAGAAAUUCCAGGAAGGCUGCUAUAUCCAGAUUGACGGGGAUGUGCCCGUGGUCUUCACGCAUGACGACCUCGUGCCGCCCAAUAUCAUGUUAUCGUCCGGGCCAAAUCCGAAAGUAGUGGCUGUUAUUGAUUGGGGCCAGGCGGGCUGGUAUCCUGCUUACUGGGAGUAUUGCAAGGCGCAUCGCGUCAGGGUGAAUCCGGACGCUUUUGAUGACGUGCUGUAUGAAGAAUGGAUUACGAGAUAUCUGCCUAUUAUUUUGGAUCCCGUGGAUGAUGAGACGGUAUACCAUCCUUGGUUGUGGUUUGUCUUGUCGAAGGGUAUCUAG